CGAUCGUUUCAACUCACUGGCGCACUUCCACCCACCCGCGCGCAUUAACACAUUGUUCUCUUUCCAUGGGUGUGAAGGACAGGGAAUCCUACGACACGACCGCCUGCUGUGCGCAGGCAGUGAUAGUCACGGUGAAAAGCUAUGAUCAUGCUCGCUUAUAAUGAUCAGAUAACUCUUGCACGUGCUUUCAUAUCUGGCUGGCUCAGUUCCAACAUUAAUACAAGAUUACGCUUUGCUUAGACUUAAGUGACUUGAUAAUAAGCAAAACUGACAUAGUUUCCUUCUGCACCCUGCCAUCAAUAGUUGCGGACUCCUCGUAAAAUGCAGUUGAAAGGCAUAUUUUUACUCCUGUCUUUAGGAGCGUUCACCUCUUAUUAUGUUUACCAGCCCAUUCCAGACAAGAUAGAGGAGAGAUGGAAACUCAUGUUGACCGAUUGUUUCUUCAGAAGUCUCAGCCACCUGGCAGACUUCAGUGAGCUGCUGGGGUUGAAGGACUACAUGGGGGUGAUGAUGUUCAUCACGUUCGCUGAGCGUGUGUUCCCCGUGUCAGACCAACGUGUGCACGUUACAGAGGAGCUGUUUGAUGGGGUGGAGGUGGUGGUGUACCAGCCCAAACUGCAGGGCGGCGACACCGAGCUGAGGAGAGCAGUCAUAUACCUGCACGGAGGAGGAUGGUGCCUGGGCAGCGCCAGAAUGGGACCGUACGACCUCCUAGCUAGGCAGAUGGUCAAUGAUCUUAACUCUGUGGUCGUGUCUGUAGAGUACCGCCUGGCCCCAGAGCACCACUUCCCUGUCCCGUAUGAGGACGUGUACCGGGUAGUGAAGCACUUCCUCCAGAGGGCGGUCCUGGCCCAGUACUCUGUCGACCCAUUACGCAUCGCUGUAUCUGGGGACAGCGCCGGGGGAAACCUGGCUGCAGCCGUGUCCCAGCAGCUGCAGCAGGAUCCAGAACAGCAGCUGCAGCUGAAGGUCCAGGCCCUGCUCUACCCUGUGCUGCAGGCUCUGGACCUCAAUACCCCGUCCUACCAGCAGAACCAGAACAUGCCUAUCCUGCCCCGCACCCUWAUGGUGCGCUUCUGGAGCGARUACUUCACCAGCGACAAGACCUUCUUCAGGGCCAUGAUGACCAACACUCACAACAGCCCAGAGUCCGCUGYGCUGCUCAACUUCGUCAACUGGAGUGCCUUCCUGCCAGAGUCCUACCGGGGGACGUAYAACUACAGCGUUCCGGUCGUGGCGUUGUCGGCGGKAGGGGCGGGGUCRGACGGGCCAUCGCGCUCYAUCGCUGACCCCCGGGCCUCGCCCCUGCUGGUCCCGGAUGCCGUUUUACGCUCGCUACCCAAGGCCUACGUUCUGACGUGUGAGUACGACGUGCUGCGGGACGACGGGGUGAUGUAUGCCACGCGCCUGCGCCGCGCCGGUGUGGAGGUGACGCACGAACACUACGCCAGCGGUUUCCACGGCGCCCUCAUGUUCACSGUGUGGCCAACCGACUUCCUGAUUGGACGCACGAUGACGGAAAACUUCAUCAAAUGGCUGCAGCAUAACUUGUAGAAAGCAGAAGAAAAGUUACAGUCUUUCAGUGUUCAUUCCUGUUUCCCCUAGCAACUCAAUAGCUGUUGUUUAGGUGCUGCUUAGAUGUUUGUCUGUUUGGUUGUUUAUUCAGUGACAGACAGUGUUUUUGUUUAUGCUUGCAAACUGAGGGGUUUUCCACUCUAUGUCACUGUGUCCUAACAACAACACCAGAUACCAGUCAAAAACAGGUUUGUAUUGAUUUUCUAAUCACCAAGGCAACCAAUGAGGCAGAACAUGAGGCAAAGCAACUGAUAUCAGAUACAAGACAUUUGAUGAAGCCGAGUGUUCUACAUUUGAUUUCUGACAUAUCCAUCUGAUACUGCAGCUGAAUCUCAUCACAUUAACUUCCUGGUUUUGUCAUUAACUUCCUGGUGGAAUGAUGCUUGCAACACCAGGGUUGAGUGUUUGAUUCCCAUGGGGGACCAGUAUGAAAAUGUAUGUGUUCAUUACUUACUGUAAGUUGCUCUGGAUAAAAGCAUCUGCUAAAAUUAUAUAAAACAUUUUUUUUUAAACGUACAUCUUAAGGUUAGGUUGUUAACUCGUAAGGUUAAGGAUAGGCUUAAAAAAAA